UAUUAUGUUCAUAUUUCACAUUUUGUAAUUAUACAUAGAAAUGAUAAACAUGGCUGGAAGGACCAACGCCAUGGUCUUUGUUUGUCCCAAUACGUAAAGAUUUAUAUAUUAUAUAUCCACCAAGUCAGCGAAAAAAGAAAAUCGCAGGAAUCCGGCGAUGUCGUCAAACUAUGGCUCUCCGCCCUCUUCCCCGCCCGAAACCAGCGCCGGCUCUCCCCCUCCGGAAUAUCAGGCCACUGCUCCCCCCACCAGUGUUCCCGCCCCGACUCCAGCAACGACCGACAUCUCACCUCCGUCGCCACCACCGACGACUGAGUCGCGUCCACCAUCGGAAUCUCCACCACCUCCACCGCCUCCACCGCCUCCACUAACUACACCGCAGCCAAAGAAGCAUAAGGGGCUAAUAGUGGGGGUAGCUUUGGGAGCAAUAAUAGUUCUGAUUGCUAUUAUCAUUUUCUUCAUUUAUUACCGGAGGAAGAAGAGAAAGGAGGCAUUGAAUUCUAAAGGAAUCUCAUCAAAGCCCAAUCAGUUACCUGUGCUUGGUCCUGUUUCCCAUGAAACUCCUUCGACUAGUGGCAGUUUGGGCUCUGAGAAACCAUCUCCUGGCAUUCUUCGACUUUCACAGGGUGUCUUUUCUUAUGAAGAACUUGCAAUGGCAACUAAUGAUUUCUCCAAUGCAAAUCUUGUUGGUGAGGGUGGUUUUGGUUAUGUUCAUAAGGGAGUCCUUCGCGAUGGUAAAGUGGUUGCAAUUAAGCAGCUUAAAGCCGGGAGUAUGCAGGGGGAACGUGAAUUUCAGGCAGAGAUUGAGAUCAUUAGUCGUAUCCAUCACAGACAUCUUGUUUCAUUGGUUGGAUACUGCAUUACUGGAGCCCAGAGGAUGCUUGUAUAUGAAUUUAUUCCAAACAACACCUUGGAAUUCCAUCUACAUGGAAAGGAGAGACCAACUAUGAACUGGUCAGCUAGAAUGAAAAUCGCCGUAGGCUCAGCUAAAGGAUUGGCUUACUUGCAUGAAGACUGUCUGCCCAAGAUCAUACACCGAGAUGUCAAGGCAGCCAAUAUUCUUCUUGAUGAUAGCUUUGAAGCAAAGGUUGCUGAUUUUGGACUUGCCAAGCAUUCUUUGGAUACUGAUACUCAUGUCUCCACCCGAGUGAUGGGAACUUUUGGGUAUAUGGCUCCAGAGUAUGCCUCUUCUGGUAAGCUUACUGAGAAAUCAGAUGUCUUUUCCUUUGGUGUUGUGCUUCUUGAGUUGAUUACGCGGCGUCGACCUGUUAAUAGGACUCGAUCAUUCCUUGAUGAUAGCAUAGUUGAUUGGGCAAGGCCUUUGCUGAAACAAGCUUUGAAAGAAGGCACCUUUGAUGCUCUUGUUGAUCCAAAAUUACAGGGGGACUAUGAUUCCAGUGAAAUGACUCGAAUGAUUUCAUGUGCUGCAGCUUGUAUAUGUCCUUCAGCAGGGCUUCGGCCUCAAAUGAGCCAGAUACUUCAAGCUCUGAUAGGGAAUAUGUCCCUUGAUGAUUUAAGUGGUGGAAUCACACCUGGGCACAGCAUGGUAUAUGGUUCUUAUGGACGCUUAGACUAUAGUUCUAGCCAAUACAAGGAAGACUUGAAGAAGUUCAGGAAGAAGGCGCUAGAAAGCCAAGAACAUGGCAGUAGCGAGUACAGUGGAAUCACCAGUGAGUAUGGUCUACAACCUUCUAGCAGUAGCACUGAAGGCCAACAAACUAGAUAAGAGAUGAAAUGACAGAGAAAGGAGAUAACGACCAAAGAUUCCCACAAAAUUUGUGACAGUUUAUUACAUUGUUCUCAGUUCAUCAAUUUCAUGUAGGUGUGCCUGCAGGAAAAUCAAUAUUGGACAGUUUACUACAUUGUUCUCAGUUCAUCAAUUUCAUGUAGGUGUGCCAGCAGGAAAAUCAAUAUUGGAUUAACUAUCCGGUGGCAGGUCAUGUAAGUGCCUGGAAAAAUCAGCUUGGUAAAUGAUUAUUAUAUUAUACCAAAACACACAAUAAGUUUACUAUUCCUAAAGAACAGUAAAAUACUAAUUUUAUCCUUUC